AUGUCGCAAAACGCCCCCGGCCAGCUCACCAACACGCCGAUGAACCCCAACAUGCACGAAAAUCUCUCGAGCACCACUCUCCAAGAGACAGAUAGCGUCAACACGUUGCUGUCGCGAACUAGCCAGAAAAACGGCAGUCUGUUGGACCUGGAGCCUCGCGACGCACGAGAUCCCCAGCCAAUUGGCGGCGAGUCGCCGGCAUUGCUGGCCACGUCGGUUGGAUUCGACUCGCAGGGUCACCUGAUCACGUCAGCCUCUAACAUCUCGCUUUUGUCGCUCAACCAGCAGGUCGCCACGCUUUCGUCCACCCCGUCCAAUUUACAGCGAACUUUCACCAACCCACGUCUGCCGCUGCUCCAGGCGUCGUCGGCAACUGCAGUCCCACAGCAGCAGCAGCAGUACUACCGCAAGUACUCGUUCACGUCGCCCAAGACGAGCGCCCGUGCGCAGCCGAUGGCGAUCCACGCGGCGCCAGACUCGCCGUCGCUGAUCCCGACUUCGCUUGCCGCGUCACCGUCCAACUUCAACCUGAACCAGUCGUCGCCGCCAAACUCGCUCAAGUCUCGCAGCUCGUCCUACAUCAACGCCCCCAGUCUUCGGCUCAACACAAGAUUCCCUGCUCACCUCCCCUUGACGAGAACAGACUCGGUCCCGAACUCGAUCGGCGGCCGCUCACCAGAAUUCCUGCCCUGCUCGCUCUCAAUGCCGCCGAUGACGCCGCUCAACCUCUCGGUGCCCGCCCCAGGGUAGCUACAAAAGCGGGAAAAGCCCUGAUUUUGAGCAUUACGACGGCCCCGUCUUUGCAGAGCAAAUCCAGGACGCAGAACUAUAAGCUAGGGCUUCAGGUCGACACAGGCCCAGAUGUCGCGGAGCAGAACGCGGUGCGCGUCCCACGACAUGACGUUCACAAACUCGUCGGUGCUCUUGAUGAAUUUGCAAUGCUUGUGCUCCAUCUCGUAGUCCCACUUGCCCAGGAGAUCGUACUCGACCACCAGGUCGCGCAUCGCCAUGUGCAGUCUGUUCUGCUCGGUUGCCAGCGACAGCCCGCUGUGCUUGAAUGCCGUCGAAAGCACAACGUUCAGAAGAGAAGCGGGCGGGAACAGGUUCCAUGCGUCUCUGGUGUUCCAGAGCCGCAAAUAGCCGGACUCGAGGCCCAUCGUGACCUCUCUUAUCCGAGUCGUCCCAGACACCCUGUCGUACAUGUUGGCAAGACUCUCGGACCAGAGCUUGGGCGAGUUGAAGGUGACCAGCACGUUGGCGACCCGCACGAGGUGGAAGUUCAAACUAAUGAUGGAGGCAAUAGAACCGCCCAUAGAAUGACCCGCUAUCACCAACUGGUAGUCCGGAUACUGCUGUUUGGCUUUGAGGUACUCCACGAAAAUGGCCUCGAACAUCCUGUCGGCAAUGUUAGAGUAGCCAGAAUGCACUUUGUUGAGCUUGAAGUAGUUUCUCCAGUAGUAGCCCCAGUACUGGCUGCGGUAGUAAGUGUACGGGUGUUGGACCAUGCUGGGGUCCACCUUCUUCUUGACCGACUUCCAGAAACCUUCCUUGUACACCUGGGGCCAGAAAUUGAUGGCCUGGUCACUGUAGAUGGCGAAAUAGUCUUUGAGCUCUAGGUCUGAUCUGAUGGAAACGACAAUUUUUUUGUAGUGGUGGUCAAGAAAUAGCAUGCCCUUACCGUUGAGCAGAUACUGCGUCCAGUCGAGCUUGCUGGAGGGCUUCUUCGUAUUAAGCUGCUUCACUAUCUCCACAUCCGUGGUGUUAUUUGGUAUAUUGGUAAAUUGCUCUAAUUUGGGCGGGAACUGCAGGCUUGUGGGGCCUGCUUCCGAUGGUAGCUUGAGAGCGCCGUGCUUAUUGUCGCAGUUUGUGAUCUGCAGAAAGGACGCCAGCUUGUCGAGAAAAACGAAGACAUCCUCAUUGUUGAGCGGCACGCCCUUGGGCUGGUGGCGGCUGACGAUUCGGGACAGGUCCCAUGACGUCGAAACGCCGGACUUUGGCACAGGUGCCGAGAAAUUUCGCGGGACCGGCUGACAAGCCGCAGGGAAGGAUGCUAACAGCAGCGCACAAAUACACAUCGUGACGAGCAUCUUAUGGGACAGGAGUGCAGUAGCAUUGGCUACAACACAG